AUGCCACCUCACCCCAAGUGGGUCCAUGUUUUAGGUCCUCACAAAGAAAUGUCCAAGGUCCUGGACUUGCAUCUUUGCCCACUUGGCCCCACGCAGAGACAGAGAUGGUUGGUGAUUCAGCCACAGAAGCUUCUGUGCUGUGGAGGCAUGUGCAGGGACAGCAUCAACGACUAUGGGCCCGGAAGCCUGGCACAGUUAAUUUCCAUCUUUUUGUUCUGCACAAUCAACACCAGCAAUGUGCAGUUCCUGGCUAUUGACCACCAUGGUGGCAGUGCUCAUGAGCCGCACAGGGCUGGACCCCUGGGCCCCUGCUCAGCGGGCCCGUGCUCAGCAGCCUGCUGCUGCAGGUGGCCCUGGUGGCGUGCACCUGACGGUGGCCCAGCCCUGGUGAGUCGGGAGCCCCCGCCCCCUCCCCGUCUUCCCCACACCUGCUGCCUGACACCAGCUCCCUGCACCGCCCAGGUUCGUGCCUCUGAACAGGACGGCACCAGCUCCCGACAACCUGCCCAACUACGAGAACACGGUGGUUUUCUCGCUUCCAGUUUCCAGUACCUCAUCCUGGCCAUGGCCAUGUCCAAGGGCGCGCCCUUCCGCCAGCCGCUCUACACCAACGUGUCCUUCCUGGUGGUCCUGGCGCUCUUGGCCUCUAUCCUGGUGGGCCUCCUCCUGGCCCCCGGCCUCCUGCAGGGGCCGCUGACGCUCAAGCCCAUCGCGGACACCCGCUUCAAGCUGCUGCUGCUGGGCCUCGUCGCCUUGAACUUCGUGGGGGCCUUCAUGGUGGAGAGUGUGCUGGACCAGUGCCUCCCCGCCUGCCUGCAGCGGCUCCGGCCCAAGCGGGUCUCCAAGAAGAGAUUCAAGCAGCUGGAGCAGGAGCUGGCCAAGCAGCCCUGGCCGCCCCCUACUGGGCCCAGGAGGUAGUACAGGCCCCGGGCCGACACCCUGGACACUGCAUCCCUGCCACUGAGCCUCCUGGGCCCGUUUGCAGACACCACCGCCAUCCCUCCCUACAUCCCUGAGGUUGGCAGUCCGCACACUU